UGCCGCGCCAUCGAUACGAAUGUGUUUUCCUUCUCGUUUUUCUCACCAAUAGCACUCGAAACGAAAUGUGCAUGUAAUUGGGUCGUUGGCCGCUAGAGACUCUCAUUUCUAGCACAUAUUUUUUGGCUGAAUUUUUUAACAUUGCUGAUCUGUCUGUGAACCACGCUAUGGACCCGUAUUUUGAAACUGUGAACUAUAUGUACCUAUGUUUACAGUCAAUUAAGCCUUUAAUAUUAUUAUUAUGUUAUUGAAUAUUUUCUUGAACUUUUGUGGAAAUAUUAAAAUGUACAAUAUUUAAUCGAUACCAUACAUACUGAAAGUGACAAUCUUUACUGUAAAAAGUGUUUUGGGUUUAACCGGUUGGAUAAUUUCUGAAAAUAUUUCGAAAUAUUCUAACACGAAUAUAUUAAUUUAUUCAAAUACAAUAUUAUCGAUUUUUUUGAGGCAACUAUGAAAAAUUGAUAUAACUGGAAAAUAUUUCUACACUUACAAUUACAACAAAAGAUUUUAUAUAUUUUUAUAAUAAUAAUUUGCAUUGUAAUAACAUAUUUUGUCGCUAUAAAGAAUUUAUACGCCCAUUACAGUAUGGCAAGUACAAAGAAAAACAGUAGUUGGUUGAUGUCAUCAUUUGAAUGUGAAUCUGUCAAAAGAACACCAGGGAUUAAACGUAACAUUUCACAAGUACUAGAAACUAGUGCUUUAGAAGUAUCAAGCACUUAUGAUAUAAUACCGAAAAAAAAGAAUGCUAGUAGCCUAUUUGCAUUGCUGGAAGCUUGUGACGCAAAAAGCCCUUCUGAAUUAGUAGUUAGUAGACAAAAACAGCAAGAGAUUUUAAAUUGGUUACAAUAUAAAGUAAGGAAAGGCACACCUGCCAUAUUAAUUUUAUCUGGUCCAUCUGGUUGUGGGAAAACAACAGCUCUAAGGGUUCUUGCAAAAGAAAAUGGUUUCAAUAUUACAGAAUGGAUUACUCCUAUUGAUCAAAUUAUGGAUGAAAAUAACAGAAUAAUGAGACAAGGAGACAGAUUUGAAGAAUUUUUAAUCAGAGCUACCAGAUAUAGUUCAGUUUUAAGUAAUUAUUCUAGUCGUUUACUUCUUGUAAAAGAUUUUCCAAAUGUCUUUUAUGAGGAGAAGGAGAGUUUCUUUUCUCUUUUGCAAAGGUACUUUGAAAUUGGAAAAGAACCUAUAGUGUUUGUAUGUACAGAGGUAGGAAAUUCAAAAUUGCUUCAAACAUUAUUUUCUCCUAAUAUAAGAGAAAAAUUUGGCAUAGAUUUAAUUAAUAUAAACUCUGUUACACAAACUGCAAUGAAAAAUGCAUUGAAAAGAAUAACUAAGAUUUUGAAUUCAAUUGCUGGGCAUAUGUUACAUGUUUCACAAAAUAAAGUUGAUGAAAUAUUAUCAAAUAGCAUAGGAGACAUUAGAAAUGCUUUGUUAAAUCUAAUUUUCAUUUCAUUAAAAGUACCAGAAGAACGAGAAAAUAAAUGUAAUAUUCGAGAAGAGAAUUUAGGGCUUCUUCAUGGUGUCGGGCGAGUAAUUAAUCCAAAAAGAAUUCAAACUGAAAAUAACUGGAAAUUUGUACAUGAUCCUGAUGAAAUAGCAGCUUUCUUCCAGUCACAAGCAACAGUAUUUUUGAACUUUCUGCAAGAAAAUUAUUUGAAUACUAUGGGAAACAUAGAGGAAGUAGAUAUUUCUACAAAUAUUUUAAGUAUAGCAGAUGUUUUAAAUUCUGAGUGGCGAGAUCCUACCUUAAAUAAAGUUACUUUAUCUUAUUGCGUCCGAGGUUUAAUGGUAACGAAUCAAAAACCCGUUUCUGGGUGGAAUCCUGUAAGAAAGCCACCAAGCGAUAAAGUCGAUACGUACAAAUGUCUAGCAGCUGCUGAAAUUCGAUGGUACGAUUCCAUAAUCAGUUCGAAAUCGAAAAGUAUAUUGGAACAACCCGUUACCAACAUCGAGGAGAUUAUUAUUGAAUAAAGUUUAUGGAAAUUAAGGUUGUAAUAAAAAAAGAUGUGUCGUAUAUAUUUAUUUAUGCUUUAUUUUCUACUAGAAUCAUGUAAAUGUAAAAUAUAAUAUCGAUAGAAAUCGAAUGACAUAAAUUUGCUUGAGAUUUCAUAGUUCUCGAAAUGUUUGUAUAUAUUGUUGAAUAAUAUUAUUUCAUAUUAUUAUUUAUUUUGCUUAACAUCGUCUAAUAUAUAACAAUCAGUAUUUACGCAGAAAAACAAAUGUUAGCGGGAAUUACACUGAUAAAUACAAUAAAAAUACGUUUUGUGUAAUUUA